CCGCAUCCCCCUUCCAAUAAUACUCCCACCGAGCAAAGACAGCUUGGAGUAGUGCAAGAUGGGUGAUCGACUUACGCAGCUGCAAGACGCAGUCGACCAACUAGCGCAACAAUUUGUCGCGUCGUUCUAUUAUAUCGAAAGACACCACGACCUCGAGACACUAGGACCGAAGGAUGAGGUGAGGGAGAUCAAACAAGAGCAGACAGAAGUCGAGACUCUUCCCUCCGAUGUCUUCCAAGCAGGGCAACUCGAACUCGCGCGCGAUCUCAUCAUCAAGGAGCAACAGAUCGAGUACCUGAUUUCGAGUCUCCCUGGCCUCGAUAACAGCGAGAAGGAUCAGGAGCAGUCCAUCAAGGACUUGGAGGAGGAACUCAGGGUGGCUGAGGCGCAAAGAUUAGACGCCGUCAAGGAGAAGGACGAGGUUCUUGCCAGGUUGGACCAGGUACUUCGCAGCAUUCGCCGGCCCUGACAGACACAUGCCUAGCACAUGCGACGGCAAUGGAAAAGGGACGCCUUGUUGAAUAACGACGUGAUGACGCGGGGAUGUUUUGAACGGCGUUUGGGGGGUUGGCAAAUGAUUUUUAUGAUACCACUCGAAAUGGGGGAACCGGCAGGAAAAAGGGUCUGGAGGGGGAACCCUGGGUAGAGGUCUGAUAUUAAUCCAAACUCCAUAGCCAGUUUCUAUCGCAUCUAC